AUGGCACGCCGACGCUCUAGCAAGAAGUCCAACUACAAUUACCGACCAAUCUAUACCUUCCCCGAGCUCCACGAACGGGUCUGCUCAGCCGUCGAAGAUGACGACGUGGAGCCUCACUGGGUCGACAGAGACGACGACAACGCACGCGACCACGAGAACGAGUACUCGACCAAUGUGAUGGGCACAUUCCGCUGCGAGAACGGCUCCUGCAGCAACGACAGCUGGGGCAGCAAAAAGGUCGCCAUUGUCAUUCGCGGGUACGAGGAUGACGGGUACAACGCCGAGGUGUUCAACCAGCGCUGCAAGGCGUGCAAUCAGCUCGGUGUACUCACGCUGCACGAGAAUUCGUAUGUCGAGCGAGUGGCGUACCGCGUCAAGAAGUGGGCGGGGGUCACGGUUGAGCAGCCUCACUAUGGUCAGCCUGGCGAGGGACCACCACAUGAGCGAGACUUGUGUGAGGGUUGCAAGGCAGGAUAUUGUUUGAGUGGUGGUGUGGAUGAUCUGUCUUUUGCCCAGAUGUCUCUGGGCCGCCGUCAUUCAUGA